AUGUUGGGAAGCGGUAAAUCACAGCAGGCCAGCAGUGCAAAAGAGCAGAAGAGCAAAGUGGUCGCCAAACCAGUGGACCCCGUGAAGAAAAUGGGUCUGGUGGACAAUGAGGACGUGCAGUGGAUGAUGCAGGGCUGUAACAUGGUGAAGGUGCGGUCGUCGCGGUGGCAGAAGAGCAGACACCUCCGGCUCCUGGAGGACGGCCUCACGGUCUGGUGCGAGUCCACAAAGAGCUCCCGCAAGGCCAAGGCUCGGCAGACCUUUGCGGUGACGGAGGUGGAGUGUGUUCGUGAGGGCUGUAAGUCCGAAGCCCUGCGGCAGCUCUCGGGGUCCAUGCCGGAGAGCCACUGCUUCACAGUGGUCUUCAAAGGAGCACGGAAGAGUCUGGACCUGCUCUGUCCCAGCGAGGAAGAGGCCUGCCGCUGGGUCAGGGGGCUGCGGACCCUCAAGGACUGUGUGGCCAACAUGAGCCAGAAAGAAAAACUCGACCACUGGAUCCGCGGAUACCUGAAGCGAGCGGAUCAAAACCAGGACGGAAAGAUGAGCUAUGACGAGGUGAAGACGCUGCUGCAGAUGAUCAACAUUGACUUGAGUGAGCAGUACGCACGCAACUUAUUUAAGAGAUGUGACCGCUCCGGGGACGACCGUCUGGACCAUGUGGAGAUUGAAGAGUUUUGCCGUGAGCUGAUGCGGCGGCCGGAGCUGGACGCGGUUUUCCGGCACUACUCCGGUAACGGCUGCGUGCUCUCCACCGCUGAGCUCCGGGACUUUCUGGGGGAUCAGGGAGAAGACGCCUCGCUGCUGCACGCCAAGAAGCUGAUCCUCACCUACGAGCUGAAUGAGUGGGCUCAGACGAACCAGUUCAUGACGCAGAACGGCUUCACCGUGUACAUGCUUUCUCUGGAGAAUGACAUAUUUAACCCCGACCACGCCAGAGUAUUCCAGGACAUGAGCCGCCCUCUGGCCCACUACUUCAUCUCCUCUUCACACAACACCUACCUGACCAAGGACCAGGUGACCAGCGCCAGCAGCACUGAGCCGUACAUCAGAGCUCUGAACCAGGGCUGCCGCUGUGUGGAGCUGGACUGCUGGGACGGGGAUAAAGGAGAGCCAGUCAUCUACCACGGCCACACACUCACCUCCAAAGUGCCCUUUAAGGAGGUCAUUGAAACCAUCGCACACUUCGCCUUUAAGGCGUCUCCGUACCCACUGAUCCUCUCUAUAGAGAAUCACUGCUCAGUGGAGCAGCAGGCCGUCAUGGCCAAACACCUUCGCGCCAUUCUUGGAAACAGCCUCCUCACCAAACCUCUGAAGGAGCAGACCCUGAAGGAGCUGCCCUCCCCUGAGGAGCUGAAGUAUCGCAUUCUGGUAAAGGGGAAGAAGCACACUCCACACUUUGGCCAACUGUCUAAGACUGGAAGCUCGGCCAGUUUCUCCUCCAGCUCUGAUCUGGAAGAAAUGGGAAGCAGCAAAACUACCCCCAAGAGGGACCCCGCUAAGGUCUGUUCCAAGCUGAGCCCGGAGCUGUCCGAGCUGGUGGUGUACUGCCGGAGCGUGGCCUUCAGUGGCUUCGAAAACACGACCGGAAAGGCUCCCAACGAAAUGUCCUCCUUCUGCGAGAGCGAUGCCCUGAAGCUGAUCAAAGACUCUGGAAAGCUAUUUGUACGACACAACAACAGACAACUGAGCCGGAUCUACCCCUCAGGCCAGCGGCUCCAAUCGUCCAACUAUGAUCCUCAGGAAAUGUGGAAUGGGGGUUGCCAGAUGGUGGCCCUGAACUUCCAAACGCCCGGCGAGCAGAUGGAUCUGAACCAGGGCCGCUUCCUCUCCAACGGUCGCUGUGGUUACGUGCUUAAACCCAGCUUCAUGUGCAGCCCGACCUCAGAGUUUAACCCCGAAAUCACCGGUGGAGGACCCGGCCACGUACCCACGCAACUGACCAUAAGAAUCAUUUCAGCACAGCAGCUGCCCAAAAUCAACACAGAGAAGGCCAGCUCCAUUGUAGACCCCCUUGUCUGGGUGGAGAUCCAUGGUGUGGGUAUAGAUAAUGCGAAAGACAAAACCCAACGCAUCGACAACAAUGGAUUCAACCCGAGGUGGGACUGCACCCUGAGCUUCCAGCUGCAGGUGCCCGAGCUGGCUCUAGUGCGGUUUGUGGUGGAGGAUCAUGAACACACAGCCAAAAAUGACUUUGUGGGACAGUUUACUUUGCCCUUUACCAGUUUGCGGACAGGUUAUCGCCAUGUUCACUUACUGAAAGCAGAUGGAUCCAGUCUGUCCCCAGCCACGCUCUUUGUCCACGUCAAAGUGGCGCGCAGAGGACUUCCCAUCAGAAGUGUUUCAGAGCGUAUGGCCAGCGCCAAAGGCAAAGCAUGA